AGCUUCGAGGCCGCCCUUGAAUUCAAAUAGGAAUCUACACCUCUUCACCUUACUGCCUCACCGGUCUCGCAGUUAUCCUCCACAUUCUAUCCUUCACUCUCCCUCAUUUCGCCAUCAUUCGCCAUCGCAGCUACAGCAGUAUUUCUGCUCGCUGCAAUCUCAAUUAUGCUCGGGUCUCGUACGAAAAAGGUCACCUCCUAUGGAAAGCGUAGGCAACGCGUCGUCAAUAUCACAUCCGAAGAAAGAAGGCGUGGAGGGUUCGACUUGGAUCCAACAGAGCCCAAGUUAGGGACAGUGGUUCCCAGCAUCAGGAAUAGGGAAAACAUUGUACCACUGGUUAUCAAGGGAAGAAAAGUAUCGUCGCCAAAGGUAGUUAUACCGCGACUGAAGAAGCGUUCACCCAAAACACCUCCAAAACGGAUAGGCUCGUUGUUAGACACCCCUGCCCGGACUCCGUUGGCGAUAUUCCAUCCAAAUGGACCCGGAUCCCCAGCUAUCUUGCCCAAGCAACGGAAGCCAUUGUCCCCGACGGCACCGUCAGGGCUACGCAAACCGUUCUCGCCGUUCGUCGAAAUGGAUAUUACAGUGGUGGAUGACCAAGGCCAGACGUUGAAGAAAGAGAGGAGAGUCUCGCGGACAACUGCCAAACCUGCCGAUGACUCUGAUAGUGAUUCUGUUGUCGUCGUCGCGGUGCGAAAACCUCGACGGCUAAGGAAUCGUGUUGUUGUCGUUUCGGAUGAUUCUGGUUCCGAGGUUCGGUCGGGAUCCGAUAGUGAUUAUUCCGUUUCCUCUUCGUAUAGUCCCCCUCGAAAGCCAAAGUCAAAGCGUCUUGGCCAACCAAAAGUCAGGAAUGCACAGAAAGCUGUGGCUAGUGGCCAACGCGAUGCCACUCGUAACGCAGAAAGUCAAUUCCCUAAAGCACUUCCUCGUCCGAAGGCAGUAACCGACCCGUCUAAUCCAUCGAGCAAUCUACCGAACACCCAAGUCUACAUUGACCUCACGAGAGACACCCCUCCAUCAAUACCAGCGCCUGCCCAUUAUCAACCUGGUAUUUUACCGAUCCAUAAACCUCGUCAACUGACUCCCGUUCGACCGGGAAAAAAUAGACUUUUUGCUCCUCUCUCUCCUCCUUCCCCAACGACAACCUCUGAACUUGAUUUCGACUUCGACGACCUGUCCAUAGGUGAGGGUGACCUUGGCGCUGCCGAUACCCCUGCACCUAGUGUGCCUGACUACCUCCGUCCUCUUUUGAGGGAGUGCAAUCAGGAGGCGUAUGGACUACACGAAUUUUCCGCGUUCAUAUCUACAUUCCCGUUUGACCCUAUUUUGUCGUCACCUAAUGGACCAUCUUCCAAACCUCAUUUUCGCAAAGUGGGCGAAGCGAGUUAUUCAGAAGUGUUCGGAAUUUGUGACGUCGUUCUUAAGGUUAUACCUCUGAGAGACGAGUCAGCUUCUACAGACGGACCACCUGCGGAUGUCGAUCAGCCUGCGCCUACAGACGUCCGAGAUGUUCUCAAGGAAAUCAUUGUCACACGUGCAAUGGGCGAGGUUUAUGACGGCUUUGUGAAGCUAUUGAAAGCGUACGUUGUAAAGGGACGUUAUCCGGAGAAGCUUCUGCACCUCUGGAACGAGUACAACGAGCAAAAAGGUUCAGAAAGCAUACGUCCAGAUACGUUCACUUUGUCCCAGGUUUAUGCUAUUGUGGUGUUACCGAAUGGUGGCCCAGACCUUGAGUCUUAUACUUUUAGAAACACGACAAAGACAGGUUGGCGACAGGCUUGCAGUAUAUUCUGGCAAGUUGCAAAAUCCUUGGCGCAUGCAGAACAACUGGUGUCUUUUGAGCAUCGAGAUCUUCACUGGGGUCAAAUUCUUGUUAAGGAUCUUCCCUUGCCGACUGCAUUGCCUCUUCAAGCGCAACCUCUGAACCGGAAGCCUGCUAAGAAAGCUCGCCCACCGAUGGAUGACAAGUGUCAUGGUGUGCAAGUCACUUUGAUUGAUCUUGGACUAUCUCGUAUGGACGCUGGAGACGGUUGUGGGGGCGAGAUGAUUCAUUGGACACCUUUCGACAAAGAAAUAUUCCAAGGCGAAGGUGACUAUCAAUUCGAUGUUUAUCGAAUGAUGCGAGACCAAAAUAAUGGCAAAUGGGAACCCUUUCUGCCGUUGACAAAUGUUAUGUGGCUCCAUUAUCUAUUGGUCAAGCUUCUUCGCUUUAAGGGAAUCAAACCUCCAGUACGCCGAAGCCAGGCAGUUUCUCCGGCGUCAAACACUCUUACGGAGCGGGAAUGUUACGAGUGCCUCAUAGAUUUGGAGCAGUGGUUAGGGCAAUGCCUCACAACCGCAGCAGCCAGAGUGAAGCCCGCCAAGAGCCGAAGGAAAACGGUGGUCCCGGACAAGAGCGAGUCGAGUUUGAAUCCCGUAUGCGCUGGUGAAGUCGUAGAAUAUGGCAUCAAGAAAGCAUGGAUCAAACCUAUUUCCCGAUGAAACGUUGGAAGCCAUCUAAGUGGAUAUCUUGCUAUCUAUUUUCCCGUAGAUGCUGAGUUUUUUUUAUUUAAGUAGAUGUAAGAUUGAAUGAGU